ACCACCACCAAUGGUCUCUCGGAUGACGAAGCGGUCCGGAGGUUGCAGAUCCAGGGUCCCAACAUGCCAACGUCUCGCAAGCCGGUGCAUCCUCUGAUCUUGUUGCUUCAGAUCAUUCCUAAUCCCUUCAAUGUACUGUUGCUGGCACUGGCGGUUGUCAAUGCAGCCAUGCCACCUCCGAACUGGAAAGGCUUUGGCGUUCUCAUGUUCAUGGUCGCCAUCUCCACCGGUGUUCGAUUCUGGCAGGAAUACCGAAGUAGCAUCGCAGUGAUCCAACUUCAAGCCUCCAUCACGACCGAAGUAAAAGUCCGCCGACAUCACCGAACGAUCGGAGACAAAGCACUUGCUCAAAUUGAUCGAAGCGUUGAUACCAAGAUUGAAGAAAAGGACUUGGUUCCUGGUGAUGUUCUCUUCUUGUCGCCAGGAAGUGUCGUCCCUGCAGACUGCCUCGUGUUGGAGUCUUCAUUUCUCCGAAUCAGCCAAUCAUCAUGGACCGGCGAGACCGAUCCGGUUGCCAAGGGGGCCCUCGAUUUGGAGAUCAAGGAUGCCCAGAUUUUCGAUCUUGCCAAUGUCAUCUUCAUGGGCACGAGCGUUGUCUCCGGCAAUGGUUUGGCUGUCGUGCUUCGCACCGGGAAUGAUGUAUUGCUUGCUGAUAUGGCCAAGCAGCUGGAGAAGCGUCGCGAGCCAAACAACUUCCAGAGAGGUAUCCGCAAUGUCACCUGGCUUCUGAUCGCAUUCAUGCUUGUCAUGGUGCCAAUUGUGCUUGCAAUCAGCGGAAAGACUACCGGCGACUGGCAGUCUGCGGCUCUUUUCAGCAUUAGCGUUGCUGUCGGACUUGUGCCAGAAAUGCUCCCCGCCAUUGUCAAUGUGAACCUGGCCAAAGGCGCAUUCAGUCUCUCCAAGAAAAAGGCCAUUGUCAAACGACUGGACAGUGUUCAGAAUAUCGGGGCCAUGACUGUUUUGUGCAGUGACAAGACCGGCACUCUCACAAAGGACGAGGUCACCAUUCAGGAAGCCAUUGAUAUGGACGGCAACAAGUCCCUUGAGACCAUCGAACUUGCCAUUGUCGACGCCAAUGCCCAAGGAUCUGACGGUAACAACAUUGAUGCAGCGAUUCGUUCUUCUGCACCCAGUGAUGUGUCCGACCGGGUUGCUAAGCAUCAAAUAAUCUCCACCAUCCCCUUCGAUUUUGAAAGACGGCGUUCGUCAUGCAUUGCUCGCGGGGUGACUGGCCAAGAUAUACUGGUUUGCAAGGGCGCCUUGGAGGAGGUCCUGGCUCGGUGCACUCAGGCUCGCCAGGGAACAAAGACGGUGCCCCUAGGUGGCGCCGAGGUCAAGGCCAUCCGGCAGCGCGCAGAUGAGCUCAACCGAAGCGGCUACCGAGUUCUACUAGUCUCUAUGAAGAGGCUACCAAAAGCGUACAUCAAUGACGAGGAUGCCGUUCAGGGUCUGGAAUCCGACAUGACGCUGCAAGGCCUACUGACAUUUAUUGACCCUCCCAAAGACGAUGCGGCCCUUUCUAUCAAGCAGUUGAAGGAAUACGGCGUUCAAAUCAAGGUUCUGACUGGUGACAACCUUCCAGUUGCACUGAACAUCUGCCAGGCGCUUGAGAUUGUGGAGCACAACCAAGUGACGGAGAAUGACGAUAUCCAAGCCAUCACGGGACCUGAGCUCGCCAGAGUUGAGGGUACGCCGGAGUUUGACUGCCUUGCCCGGACCUGCAAGGUAUUUGCCAAACUGAGCCCUAAUCAGAAGGCCGCGAUUAUCGCCAGCUUGCGUAAAGGGGGUAACUGUGUGGGUAUGCUGGGUGAUGGUAUCAACGAUUGUGUGGCUCUUCGAGCGGCGGAUGUCGGUAUUUCAGUCGACUCUGGAUCGCAAGUGGCAAAGGAUUGCGCGGACCUGAUUCUCACGGAGAAGGGGCUCGAUAUUAUUGUCGAGAGUGUGAGAGUUGGUCGUAUCACCUAUGGAAACACAAUCAAAUAUAUCAAGAUGGUCGCUUCUUCCAACUUUGGCAACGUCUUCAGUAUUUUGGCUGCAAGUGCUUGGCUUCCCUUCACUCCCAUGACCAGUAUCCAGCUUCUGGCUCAGAAUUUGCUUUAUGACAUCAGUCAGAUUGGCAUUCCUUGGGACAAUAUGGAUGAAGAAUUCAUCAAGAAGCCUCAGCAGUGGCGAUCAAUGGAUCUUCUCCGCUUCAUUCUGGUUCUAGGACCAACAAGCUCCGUCAUCGACAUUUGUACCUUUUCACUCAAUUGGUGGUACUAUGGCGUCCAGUCCGCUCAUGAUCCGGUUGCUGUCAGCAUGUGCCAAACCCAUUGGUUCCUCGAGGGACUCCUCACACAGACCCUCAUUGUUCAUCUCCUUCGCACCCCCAAAAUUCCAUUUAUCCAGAGUCGCUCAUCGGUUCCGCUUGCCCUGUCGACCGGGCUUAUCAUGGCCGUCGGAUUUGCCUUGCCAUGGAUCCCAGGAGUGGAGAACGCCUUUUCCUUCACCAGGCCAGCAUACACAUUCAUCGGAUUCUUGGCGGCAGAGCUAUUAUUGUACUGCAUUGAGGUACAGCUUGUCAAGAUGCUGUAUAUCAAGCUCUUUGGAAGGUGGCUAUGA